AUGAUUCCCUUUAUUAUUGGUCCUCAAAAUCCACCAAAAUAUCAAACAUGUUUUACUUUAAUUACAUUAUUCAUAAUACUUUCAAUAGUUUAAUCAAAAAUAUUAACACAUAGCGAAUCAUUUACAACAAUAAAUGGUAAUAUAAAAUGCAAUUAUUUAUUUAGGUUGGUAAGUUAUUUCAAAUAACGCUCAUGAUUCGAGAAUUAUAACUUGUGGAGCAUCCAAUGUGUUAUUUAUACAUAAUCAAAGUCCUGUUGAAUAUAGUGCAAUGUAUUUCAAGACUUACGAAAUCCAGCCACAUUAUAAAAUUGAAGCAGAAUUUAAUUUUUGGACGUACUAACAUUAUAAAUUAUAGGAUAGAUUAUUGGAAUUCCAAUUAUUUCAUAGUUUAUUGUGAUACUUUAGUAGCACAUGCCUCUUUUUAUUCAACCACUAGUACAACUAAUUUAUGCGAGGUUUCCAACCUAUAUGAUGAAUCUUUUCUUAUCAAUUUUUAAAAGUUUCAUUAUGGCAGUACAGUUUCAAUAUCAUUUUUAUCAAGUUCUGGAAAAUUUGGAAUUUCAGAUUUCAAUUUAUAUAUUCAUGAAUGCCCAGCUGGAUGUAAUUCAUGCAAUGAUAAAGGUUGUUUUUAUUAAUUUUUAUAUAUGAAGUCUUUUGAUUCUCGAUCAAUAUCAACAAUAAAUACUAUGGAAGGAUGGUCUACUAAUGACAUAGUUUCCACACUAGUUGGCAAUAUUGUGGGUAUAAUGUUAUAUUUUAAAUAGAUAUAUCUUAUCAUAAGUUCACAGGAAAUUCAAUUACAAAAGAGAUUACUCUAAAUUAACAUGAAGCUAUUAGUAUAUAUAUAAGAGUAAUGGUAUUUAAUUCAGAUAUCAACUACUAGUUAUACUGAUGGGUGGUUAUUUAUUUAGGAUACCUUUUUGGAUUAUAUGUCUUCAUAAUGUAUCGCUAUUCAAGAACGCAACCAUAUUAACUUGAAAAUCAAAAUUACAGUUGACGUAGCAAUGAAUAAAAAAAACCCGUCACUGUAAACUUGGUUUGGAAUUAGGGACUUUUAAUUAUUCUUAACUCCUUAUAAUUUAGUUGCUGACAUGAAGAAUACAUGUGAUGAUUCAAAUAUUUACCCUUUUGAUGGCUGUUUUUCGAAAAUGUACGAUUGUGUCGAAGGUUGCAGUAAUUGCAUUUUUGGUGUAUGCUACGAUUGUUAAGGAGGUUGGGAAUAUAUAGAGCACUUAAGAAAAUGUCAUCCAAUUUGUGGAGACUCUGUUAUCACAUACAACGAAGAAUGUGAUGGUAUCAAUGUAGUUUUGAAUGGAUGUGAGUUUUGUAAGUUAUCUUGUCCCUCUUUAUGCAAAACAUGUAAACUUGGGAAAUGUCUUGAAUGUCAAUAAUCAUAUUUGUUAAUUGAUAAUUCUUGCUUAUUAACUUGUGAAUAUAAUUAAGAUUAGUAUGUAUAAAAAAAACGAGGAUGUUAUUACCAAGUAGAAAAUUUUAUUGAUAUUGGAUUUUAAUAAUAUGCUUAAUUAAAUUCUAAUAUUGUCAUAUUUACUCCAGAUUGUCUAGUUCAUAAUUAUUAAAUAUUUGGCUUUAAAUAUUAAAUUUGUAGCGUUUUUAGAGUAAAUAAUUGUAAAAUUUAAUAUUAAGAAUAUUGUACAGAAUGUAUGGAGGGGUAUCAUUUAGAGAGAAAUAAAAAGAAUUGUUCUCCUUCAUGUAACGAUGGUAUUAUUGAAGAAACUGAAGAAUGCGAUGACAAAAAUAAUAUUUAAUUUGACAAGUGUUACAAAUGCUAAUAGAGUUGUUAAUUGGAAUGUCAAAUUUGUAUUAAAUAAAAGUGUUUGGCAUGCUUAGAAGGCUGGUAACUUUUAGAUGAUAUUUGUGUCCCUAAAUGUGGAGAUGGAAUUAUUGCUCUUGGGUCUCAAGAAUAAUGUGAUGAUGGUAAUUAAAUUGACAAAGAUGGCUGUGAUAAGUGCAUUUGGUAAUGUUCUCCUUAUUGUAAAUAAUGCAUCAAUUAAAAUUUAUGUUAUAAAUGCAUUGAUAAUUUUGAAUUAAUCGGACUUAAUGAAUGUUAACCUAUUUGUGGAGAUAAUAUCGUAAUACCAGGCUUAGAAGAAUGUGAUGACGGAAAUGAAGUUCCUUUUGAUGGUUGUUUUGAAUGUUAAUUUUAAUGUUAAAUUGGUUGUGUGAAAUGUGAAUUUGGAAUUUGCUAACAAUAAUGCAAACAAGACCAAAUAAUUGUUAAUGGUUCGUGUAAAAAUGAAUCAGAUGAUUCAUCAUAAAUGGAUGAAAUGGAAUAGGAUGAAAAUAAUAUCAACAAUUAGUUUUCAAUAUAAGAAUGUGGUGAUGGGAGAAAAUCUUAAAAAGAAGAAUGUGAUGACAGUAAUAAUCUAAAUAAUGAUGGGUGCUCAAAUAUAUGUCAAAUAGAAGUAAAUUGGAACUGUACUGAGAUAUAGAAUGUUUAUAGCAAAUGUUUUCCUAUUACUAACUUAAAGAUUUCGUUUUUGAAUUAAAGUUUUGAAUAUCAAUAUGUUUAAAUUUCAUACGAUAAAUAAGUCAAAACGCAAGGACUCCCUGAAGAUUUUAUUUCAACUAUUAAGUCUGAAAUAUAUCUUUUGAAACAAAAAGAAUAUAAAAUCAAAAUCUAUCCUGUAAACUAAAUUUAAGAUGACAAAGUAUCUAAUAUUGAUUAUUAGGUGGAAAUAAUUAUCUAUAAUUCACUUUUUGAUUAACCUAAAUUAACAAUAGUUAUUUAAUAAGUUUUGAUUGAUGAAAAUUAAUUUUUUGUAUAUCCUAAUCCCUAAUCUAUUUUACUUAAGCAUCCAAAAUAUAUGAAUAAUAAUUUAAGAGCUGUGUCGCAAAAGUUAUAGCAUUUUGGUCAAAUUAUGAUGAUAAGUUUAUGUGGUAGUGGUUUUUUAAUGUUAAUCCUAGGAUAUUGGAUGACAUUUCUAUAAAUAUUGGGUAUCCUUUAAUACCAAUCUACUUUAAGAUAUAUAAAUCUUGAUUUUCCAUAAAAUGUGGAGAACUAUUUUGAAUCCUCUGACUUUGUAUCAUUAUAACCUAUUUUGAUACACUUAUAAAUAUCAAAUUAGCUUGAUGAAAUAUUAGGACAAGAAUAUAUCAGUAGUUUUGGAAGAUUUUUAUAUUAUAAAACUAAUGCUGAUUUGUUAACCAAUAUCUAAGGAGAACUUGUUUAACUUCUUGCAAUUAUUAUUCUGUUUCUAAUACAUUAUUUCUAGUGUUAUUUGUAAAAGUAUCUUUUCACUUAAAAAAUUUUAGAUUCUAUAAAUAGAAUCAAAAAUCAAAUGUUUGCCAAAAUUGUAUAUAAGCUCUAUAACUUAAAUAGAAAAUUAUUGA